UAGAGAGUGGCCUCUCCGGACGGGACUCGUUUGCGGGGGCGGAGGGAUACGAGAGAGAGAGGGAGAGAGGGAGAGGGGCAGGGAGUGAGCCGUGUGCAAGGAGGGCGGAAGGAGACGCGGCGAGGGAGGAAGAGUCCGGCCGGCCUCGCGGCACUACUUCGCCGCCGCUGUUGCCAUGGCUGACCAGCUGACGGAGGAACAGAUUGCAGAGUUCAAGGAGGCCUUCUCCCUCUUCGACAAGGAUGGCGACGGCACCAUCACCACCAAGGAGCUGGGCACCGUGAUGCGCUCUCUGGGCCAGAACCCCACCGAAGCUGAACUGCAAGACAUGAUCAACGAGGUGGACGCUGAUGGAAAUGGCACCAUCGACUUCCCCGAAUUCCUCACCAUGAUGGCCCGGAAGAUGAAGGAUACCGACAGCGAGGAGGAAAUCCGCGAGGCCUUUCGUGUGUUUGACAAGGAUGGCAAUGGGUACAUUAGUGCUGCAGAGCUACGCCACGUCAUGACUAACCUGGGCGAGAAGCUAACGGACGAGGAGGUUGAUGAGAUGAUCAGAGAAGCCGACAUCGAUGGGGACGGACAAGUCAAUUACGAAGAGUUUGUACAGAUGAUGACUGCCAAAUGAGACCAAAAGACCCGCCCUGUUCCUCCCCGUCCCCCUGUACAGAAUGGAAGGAUGGUCGGCUUUCCAUCAAGAUCUCCCUCCAGCUCCAUUGAUGUAGGACAUGUUCCAUUCUGACGCUUUAGCAACUUGUGGCCAUUUCUCCGCUCUUCUCUCACCCACCUUCCCUUCAUCUUGGUUUACACGCUAGUGGCAGAUGACGCCAGGAUGGUAAGAAGCUGGUUUUAAAAAGGGGAAAUGGAGCUCGAUGCCUCGCAUUUGGCUCCCUUGGAGAGGGGUCAGAACCGGGGAAAGCAUCCCCCCUUUCUUUGGCCCCACCCCGGCCUUGCAUCUCUGCUCUGUGUCUCCAAAGACUGCCUCCCCUUUGUGCCCAUGGACCAUUGAAUGUGGCUGCCGCCUCUUCCGCCAUUGUCUUCCUGGGAAUAUCUUCCUAUCUUAUUGGGUAUAUUGUCUACUCUUAACCUCCCAAUACUUGCCAUAGCCCACGCUCCUUUGACCUUCCAGUGGCUUCAGGGAAUGCUUCUAUUCCAUUCCAGGUGGUGUAAGGUUUGUUUCCUUCUUUUAAAUAAAGUGUGUGUGUUUCAAAA